AUGGUGGAGGAGACGAGCAUCGGCGGUGGCUCACCAUCUUCUCCGAUCAAAACCAUCGUUGUUUUGGUCCAGGAGAACAGGUCGUUCGACCAUAUGCUCGGUUGGUUCAAGGAGCUUAACCCGGAGAUCGAUGGAGUAUCCGAAUCCGAACCAAGAUCCAACCCGGUUUCCACAACCGACCCGGACUCUGCUCAAGUCUUCUUCGGCAAGGAAUCUCAGAACAUUGAUCCUGAUCCCGGUCACUUCUUCGAGGUACAUUCCUCCGGUUUAGUUCCGGUUCACAAAAAUCCUUGGGAUACUCUCGGCUGGUGA